UGCUGGUGCUGCUGCUGGCCCCCGGCCGGCCCGCUCUCGCAGUAUCAUUUUAUGGUGAUAGCUUUGUGGAGCUGAACAUGGCAGAAGCAUCCUCGCAGACAUUCUUACAGUUGCAGUUUCGAACAAGCAAGCCACAGGGACUACUUCUUCUUGCAGCUGGGAAGAGUGAUUAUUGUUUAAUGGAGCUACGCUCAGGAUAUGUACAAUUGAGAAUUAACUUUGGUGGGGGAGAACGAGUACUGCAUUCUCAGCAAAGAUCUCAGCUGAAUGAUUUGGCUUGGCACCUGGUUGAACUAUGUCAUGAACAAGAUAAUGUCACGUUGGUAAUUGACAAACGUGAUAGAACUACUGCAAAAAUGCCUGGAAUUCUUUAUGAAUUAAACAUUGAUUAUGGAUUCUACAUAGGUGGUACUGGUAAACUUGAUGUCCCCUACCUUGUUGGAGCACUACCCCGUUUCCGAGGAUGUAUUGAUGGUGUAUCAUUCAAUCAGUUAGACAUUCUGAUGCCUCUGAGACCUUUUCCUGGCUUCAAAAACAUCCAUGAUGUUUCAGUGGGGUGCAGUGAUGAAUUCUUUGCAGGUGAGGAAGAACCCAUUAGUUUCUUCAGUUCCAGGUCCUAUAUUUCUUUCCCAACUUGGAAUGUGGACAACGAGGGAGUCUUCGAGUAUACUUUACAGACCUCAGCUGCAUGUGGUUUGCUGCUUUUCCACCCUGGGCAAGCAGGAGAUUUCAUUGCAAUGGAAAUGGAAGAUGGUUUAAUUAAAGCUUACAUUGGAAAACAUAAAAGUAGAACCCAUCUUUCUUCUCGUAGGUCAGUCAGUGAUAGCCACUGGCACUACAUCAAACUGAAAUUCACAGCAGAAUAUUUGCAGCUAACAUUGGAUGAAGAAACUGUGAAAAAGUCAUUACCUCCCAAGAGUAAGUUGCCACUUCUGAAGGGAUCCUUCUUUGUAGGCGGUGUAGAUGACAGUAUACGAUCAGAAGUGAUUAAGUUAAUCUCAGUAUCUGGGAAGUAUGCCAGAGGAGGAUCCUUCAAAGGCUGCUUAAGGAACCUGAAAGCCAAUUCAGAAAAGAAAUCACUGAAGAAUGUUCUAGUAACUAAGGACAUUUCAGCUGGAUGUGAAAUGCAGAGUUCUUCUAAAACAAAUCUUUCUUUAGAGAUGACUGUAAAGAACCCUCCUGUGAAAGCAGCUCCUGUAUUUGCCAUUUCCCAUGAAAACUCAAUUUCUCUGGGCAAGGAAGACAAAAGCCACCUUUUAGUUCUGAGUAACUUGAUCGUGCUAGAGGGCAAACAGGCUUCACUUGAAUCUAAGCAUAUUAAAGUUAACUUAGACUUUCAGAAAUUAGGAAUUAAUCAGUCACAAAUUCUUUUUGAUAUAAAGGAACCACCCUCUCAUGGACACUUGAAACUGAAUGUUGAACCACUGCAGGAGGUAAAUACAUUUACUAUGCAGGAUGUGUGGCAGGGGAAGAUUCUGUACGUCCAUGAUGGCUCUGAGGACACUUAUGAUUAUUUUAAUUUCUCCAUUUCUAUCAGCAGUGAGAAGAUUGUUUCUCCAUAUUUGGAAGGAAAUGAGCAGCAUAUGUUUAGCAUUACUGUUACUCCAGUAAAUGAUGCACCUGAGAUCAUACUUCCUGAGGGAAACUUGCUUCUUCUCUUAGAGAACUCAAAGAAACGCUUGACUAAUGACCUGAUAAAAGUUCUCGAUAAAGAUACAGAUUCUGUGGGUCUCAGACUUUCAGUGCUUGGAAAUCUGAAUGCAGAUGCAGGAUAUUUAGAAAAUUCAAGGCAUCCUGGAAAAGCUAUCACUACUUUUUCUAAUGAGGAUUUAAACAAAGGCACUGUUUUCUUUGUCCACACAGGCAUCAAGAACUCGAGGAUUGUUCUCAGGGCAAGUGAUGGUGAGAAGAUGAGCAACACUGUUGUGUUACGUGUCAUGGCAGUUCCUUUGGAUUACAGAGUUGUCAACAACUCAGGAAUAACUCUCCUCCAAGGUGUUACAGCUCUUAUAAGACCUAGGCAUCUGGCAGUUGAAACAAAUGCUGUCCUCCAGGAUCUGGAGAUACGGUACAAGAUCACAGAGCCACCUCACUUUGGUGAGGUCCAAAGGCAGCUUUCAAGGGGGGUUUGGAAGCAAGUCAGCUCUUUUUCUCAACGCUCUCUGCAGCGUAGCAGAGUGCGAUACUGUAGCACUUUUAAAGACAUUCAGCUGGAAAACGUUAUGGAGCAAUUUAAGUUCAAAGUUAGCAUAGGAAACAGAACCAGUGAGGAAUACACAUUUCCGAUCAAAGUGAAAUGGUUACGGUACAGUCUAUUGAAACAUGCUCCUCUAGAAAUUGAAAAAUCAAAAAAGAAGUACUUGAAUUCUGGUCAUCUUUUUGCUGUGAUUGAAGAUCUAGAAAUACCUGAAGAUGAGCUGCAUUUCAAACUUCUGUCCAUACCCAGGAAUGGACAGUUACUGCUUAAUGACCAGCCUUUGAAAAAAGAUUCAGUCUUUAGCCAAAAAGAUAUUACUGAUCAAAAAGUGGCGUAUGAAUUGAUCCAGUACCACAAAGACUAUGAUUCAUUUAGAUUUUUCAUUUCUACAAAGUAUCUGGAUUCAAAUUUCUAUGAGUUUGAAGUCUACAUCAAAUCAGAUUUCAGAAACAUUAUUUUGACUAACAAUGGCCUUAAUGUUACUGAAGGGGAAGGAGAAUUAAUAACAAGCACGAAACUGUUUGUGCAAACACCAGAUAAUAAAACUUUCCAAUAUGAAGUUAUACAGUUUCCUAAACAUGGGAAGUUAAAACUUACUAAUUUUUCUGGUUCAUUUGAGAAUAGUGGCAAUCUUACAACUUUCACUAAUAAACAUAUAACAGAUAAGUGCCUUAUGUAUGUGCAUGAUGAUUCUGAGACCAUGUUUGACGAAUUUCUUGUCAGAGCUUUCAGCAAAGAGUCAGGAAAGAGGACAAACUUUGAUCCAGAAGUAGAACCUUUGUCAUUAGAAAUUAGAUUCUGUAUUUCUGUCCAGCUGAAGAAUGAUGAGAAACCGGUUCGCGUAAUUGAUAAGAUAUUUGACAUAGUGAGGAACGGGCAGCGAUUAUUAACUCUGGCAGAUCUUUGCUAUCAUGACCCUGAUUCUGAUUUUGAUGAUGGACAGUUGCUAUAUAUUAGACGUGGUAUUUCCAAUGGGGACUUGGUGCUAACAAAUGAUACUUUGCAUAGAGUCUACCAAUUCAAACAAGUGGACCUGGCGCAAAAGCGAGUCCUAUUUAUACAUCAUGGUGCAGAUUUUGGGCGUUUUGUGCUUUUUGUGACAGAUGGCAAGCACUAUACUUCCUUGCUUCUGGAAGUUAAUGCCACCAAUCCUUAUGUUAGGUUGGCAAAUAAUACAGGAUUGUUGGUUCAAAAAGGGAAAGAAGAAACUAUUUCAACCACUAACCUAAGUGCUACUACAAACCAAGACAUAAGAAAUGAUCAUGAGCUUACAUAUGAAAUACUCUCUUCCCCAAAAUGUGGAAGAAUAUAUGUGAAUAAUGUAUUAACGGAUUCCUUUACUCAGCUUGAUCUGAUAAAAGGGCAUGUGACCUACAGACAUGAUGACAGCAACAACCUUAUAGACACAUUGAGCUUUACAAUCCAUGCUGGAGAUGUCCAUCUAGAUGCUGGACUGCAGGUUCGUGUAUAUUUGGAGAGUCAUCAGCAGCCACCAAGGAUUGUGAACAAAAGCAAUCUCUUGGUUGAAGAAGGAAAACCAGUUAAAAUCAGUAAAGGAAAACUGCAAGUUGUUCAUGAAAAUAGUUCUCCAUCUGAGAUUGUGUUCACAGUAAGACAACUUCCAGUACACGGAUAUAUUCGGAGGUUUUCCUCAGAAGAAAGUUAUCUCAGUUCUGACCAAAGGCCAGCUUUGAGCUUCACACAACAAGAUGUCAACGAGGGCAAAGUUCAGUAUGUGCAGACAGUUUCUGACCAACUAGAAGACCAUUUUUUUCUGGAUGUGACCAAUGGUGUCAGAACAGUGAGUGGAAUAGAGAUCUCUGUAGACAUCAUCCCCAGAAUGAUUCCACUGGAGGUACAGAACUUUACAGUAUUUGAAGGGGGCUCAAAAGCCCUGGUGGAAGACUACCUAAAAAUUUCUAGUAGACACUUUGCAGGACUCAGCUGUGAAUUCAUUUUAACUGAGCAGCCAAAACAUGGGUAUGUUGAAAACUCUCGUGUUCCUGGAAUAAAGUUAGCUACAUUUACCAGAAAACAGGUGGAACAAGAAUUAAUUUACUAUGUUCAUGAUGACAGUGAAGAACUGAUGGACAGUUUUACUGUGAUAGUAAAUAACACGGAGUUGUGGAAACAAAGUUUACCCCAAACUGUGUUUGUAACGGUUACUGCAGUAAAUGAUGAAGCUCCUGUUGUAAAAGUAAACAGAAUUCUUCAGGUCUGGGUGGGUUCAGUCACAGAAAUAACUAUUGAUGACCUCUGUGCAGAAGACAAGGACUCCUCACCAUCGGAACUGGUGUAUUCCAUUACUCCACCUAGCAAUGGGCACUUGGCUCUGAAGUCUUCUCCAAACAAGAGCAUCCUUACUUUUACUCAGGCUCAUAUAAUUAAAGGACAGCUGAUAUUUGUACACAACGGAGCAAUGUCUGGAGGCUUCAACUUUCAGGUGACAGAUGGUUUGAACUUUGCACCCCGACAGAUUUUUAGCAUCACAGCUCAGAUGCUGGUCAUUAGCCUUGAAGUGAACAAAGGACUCGGAGUCUUUCCAGGUUCCAGGAAACCUAUUUCACAACAAGAUCUGAAAGCUGUAACCAAUGAUGUGACCAAUGCAGGAAACAGAACUAUAACUUUUGUGGUUGUAAGUUCCCCAAAACUUGGAAGGCUGAUCAGAGUAGAUUCUGAUAAUACUUCUCAGGAAAUCUUCAGUUUUACACAGUCUAUGGUUGAUGAAGGUGUGAUCAUGUAUGAACACUUAUAUUCUAAGUCAGCUGACUGGAGUGCGGAAGAUUUCUUUACAUUUACUGUCUCCUCUCCACCAUCAGCUCUGGAUAUACAGAUGUUCCAUAUUGUCAUUUCAUAUGAAAUUGACAGGCAUGAUCAGAAUAGUCGUCUUCUAGCAAAUACAGGUGCCGUUGUCCAGGAAGGAGGUAGAGUAUUAAUCAACAAAACAAAUUUAGAUGCUUCAAACCUAUUGAUUAAGCUACCUGAUGUACAGCGCUCCAUGUAUGAAGUCUGGUAUCAGGUUCUGUCCUUACCUCAACAUGGCAUGAUGGUUGUUGGAGAACGAAAUGUUACCAAAGAAAAGCCUAACUUCUCCCAAUAUGUACUGGACAAAUUUGGAGUUUUGUACAUACAUGAUAAUUCUGAAUCUCUAAAUGACAAUUUCACUUUUGCUGUUUGGUUAAACCUAAAGAGCAAGCCUGCUACGAAACCCCGUAGUGAGGUUUUAGAGGAGAUGUUUAAUAUCACUGUUUUCCCAGUGAAUGAUCAAUCUCCAGAACUGAAGACUAAAAGGCUGCACUUGAAAGUCCUGCAGGGAGAUGUGUCAAUGCUGGGGGCAGAGAAUCUGAAAGUUGAAGACUUAGAUAAUGCCCCAGCUGAGCUGAUAUACACCAUUGUUAGCAACCCCAAUAACGGUUAUUUAGCAAUGAAAAGCAAUCUUAGUGUCUCUAUAAAAGAUUUCACACAAGCUGAUGUUGACAGUGGUAAAGUCUGGUUUGUACAGGAUGGAAGUUCAUCUUCUGGAGUGUUUUAUUUCAGUGUGACUGAUGGUAAACAUCGCCCUUUAUACAAACUGUUCAGUGUUGAAGUCGUACCAAUUGCACUUGUCCUAGUCAACCUUACCAAUAUUGUGCUGCCACAGGGCCAGACAUCUGUCACAAUUACUGAUGUUCAGCUUUCAGCUGUCACAAAUGGAAGAAGCACUAAUAUCAUGUAUGAAAUAACUCAGCCACUCAAAUAUGGGCACCUCAUGAUUGGAGAUGAGCAGGUUACUAAAUUUGAGCAGGCAGAUUUGUUUUCGGGAAGGCUCUUUUACCACCUGACAAAUCUCACUGCUUCCCAUGAAGUACUGGAGUUUAUGCUUUAUACUGCAGAAGGCAAUCUAACAGGACAAGUGCUGAAUAUCACAGCAAAGCCUUUAGUACAAAUUGUAUCUGGCCUGCGGAUUCCAAAUCAAGCAACUUACAAAUUUGGAAGCAGUGACCUGGAUGCUUCUGAGCUAGCCAAUUUGACAAACAGUAAUCCUAGAUUUGAAGUGAUAGUGCCCCCCUCUCAUGGAAGGAUUGUAAAGAAAAGAUUUGUGAAUGAUGCAGUGUUUGAAGAUACUCAGGUGUUCACCCAGGCUGACAUUGAUAGUGGUAUUCUGCUGCUAGACAUAGACACAAAUAUGACGGGCCUUGAUCUGUUGAAUGACUCAUUUACAUUUGUACUCAGGGCAGAUGCUGUGCAGCCUGCUAUUGGUUGUUUUCAGUAUUCUGUUGUGCCACACAGUCCUCCACUUGUGCAAAGUUUAACAACAGAAGUGCCUUUUGUAACCAGCACAACCACUUUCAAGGCUCACUCUGCCUCAAAGGAUGAGGCACUAGCCUCCUCACAGAAUGAAGAGCCUGCAAUAGCACCACAGAAGACUGAACCAACUAUAUGGCCAGAGCAGAAUCACUGGGAAAACCUACAUGAGGAAGGUCCAUUGCUGAAUCAGGCAGUGGAGACAAGUGUGUCUGUGGAGUUGAAGACUACAAACCAGGUUAAUGCUAGGAGUCCUAGAGAGCAGGCAGGUGAAAGCAACCCUUGGUACAUCAUUAUCCCCCUAGUCUUGGUGUCUGUGCUACUCAUUGUUGCUGUUACUUCUGUGUGCAUUUUGUUAAUGUGUCAGAAGAAAGAGAGGACAAAACCUUUAGUCAAAAGUCAAACAGAUGCAAUCCUCAGUAGUGCAGAUCAAUGUCUGGAACGGAGCUUGACUGUGCCCGCUGUCACAGUGACUCCCCUCCUAAAGGGGCCUGAGAGAAGUACAGCCUCAACAUUUGUGGCAGUAAAACAUGAACAACUGCUUCCUACAGUGGUUUCUCCAACUACAGAAAGGUAUCUGAAAAAUAGCUUUCUAAAUCUCAAUCCUGAAAUGAUCCAAUAUUGUCGAAAAACAAACCCAACUUUGAAGCGCAAUCAGUACUGGGUAUAGUUACACAAGUUUUGGUCAUGCUAAUUGAUGUAGUAUGGAAAAGUGAAUCUAUAUUGUUGACAUAUAAUUUGUUCUUUAAUACACUCAUUUAUUAUAUAGGUCAAAUGAUACACUGUGUGUUAGAUGAAAUCUAAAUACCUAUGAAAUAAUCAUCAUCAUCAUACUGAUUACAGUGGCCAUAAUAGAAGAUUUGCCAUUAGUGCAUCAGCAAAAUUCUCACUUAAAUCAGUGGGGAAUUUGGCCUCAUCGAUUUUGAGUGCACCCCAUAUAUGCAGUGUUUUUUUCCCAUGACAAGUAAAAUAGAAUGCUCUGUCAAGGUUUAUAUAUUUUUAAUAGAUUUUUAAAAAAUCACAACAAAAAACGAAACGAACUUCGCUAUAAAGGUCUUUUAUUCCUUCUGAAUCACUACUUCUCUUUGAAGAACUUCAAAUUGUUUCAAUAUUUUUUCCAUGGUGCUAGUUUCAAUAAUGUAUUUUUGACCUGAAGGCUGUUCAGAGGCCAAUACUAAAGAAACAAACUAAAUAUUUUGUCAGGUUGCUGAACUGGAUAUCCAGAAUUCAAUUCAGCAACAACAGUACAACAGUGAAUGAGGAUUCUGGUGGAAUACUGUGAGAUGUUGUUUGUUCUUUUGGUUUCUUUUUUCCUUAUUUGGUACUGAACUCUAGCCUUUAGUGUCUGAAAUCUGGUAAAAGACAUCUUACCUUCUAUUCCACAUGGCAAAAACUGAGUAUCUGUCAGUCAGCCUGUCAGCUUAAUUACCUUUAGGCUUAGAUUAUGUCUGGAUGUGCGUAAAAUUUCCUGCUCCAGAAAAAAGGGGUAAAUUUCUGCUUUCAGUGAAGCAAACAUAGCUUUCUCUUGAGUCUAUGUACUCAAGCAGAUGGCAGUAGAAUCAAGUCCUGUGCUGCAUACUGCCAUGUGUCUUGGAGCUACUGACAGAAGCAAUCCUGCAAUAUGGUGUGUAUCCUCUUCUGAAACUUCUGUUUACCCUUCAUCUUCCAGAACACUGAACAAAUAAGCCUUAUGCACUACUACCAAGUGCUAUGUACUCCAACUUUGCUCUGGUUAUAAAAUGUGCAAUAAUUUCUGUGCAAAGGGAAUAUUUCACUAUUUUUGGAAAUCCAAGCUCAGUAGUGUUGUGCAGUCUCCAGUGAAGGCCCAAAUUUAUUUCCACUGAGAACAAAUAAUAAAAUUCCCGUUGACUACAGAAAAUGAACUGACUUCAAGGAAAUGUGCUGUGAUCAUAACCAAUGUCUUAUUAACAGUGAACUUCUCAUCUAUUUUUUACCUUUAAAUUGCUACAGCUUCCAUCCAGCCUCUUUAUAAAAACACUGUUCUUAGCAGUCUCAGCACUCAGUAAGAGCACUGGAAUACCAUUUUUAUUUAGGCCUAAUUUUAUUUAGGUACUGUCAUUUUCAUUUUUAUUGAAUGGAUUUACUGACCUCAAGAUCCUUGGUGCUAUUCAUUUCACACUACUUUGUUUUGGAUGAUUUUUUAAAUUGUUGAUGAUUGUGUUUCUGUCAUUUAUAGAUUGCAGUUUUGGGAAAUUUUCACCCACAAAGAGAGCCAGUUGAAAACUGUGCUUACUGCUGUGUUCUGGGAGCUGAACACAGGAGCAGUGGGGGUAGUCCUCAUCUUCACCACCUCUGCUGUGGGCAGACAUCAUUGUAGUGCAUUUUUGAGAGCCCACUUCAAGAAGAGUAGUCCAUGUCAGUGGAAAAUAUACAAGCCACAUCUUCAGCUGGUCUGGUUGUUACAGCACUAAAAACUAAAGGUGUGAACCCUUCAUAAGUUCAAACCAAAAUGUGUUAGAGCCUUGUCACACAGUUUUUACGUUUGUCAUUACUGUAUCUUCCCUGAUGCCCAUGUGUGAGUUCAAAUGUGUGAUCAGUGUAAAGGGCUCUGGGUGUUCAGCUGUCUCAGGUGGAUCACUGUAGAUCUGCGUGGUGGACCUUUUCUGCUUUCCCAAAGAAGAUCUCUGGGACUGUUUGGAGUGACUCUCAGCUGGAGAGUUGGUGUUUCCAGCCACCACAGGGACACCCCAGCACCCUUUGUGGAGGUACAGCUGUAUGUCUGUUGCAUUUCCUGGGACCUCUUCUACCAGCACCAAGCAGACAUCAGCUUCCUCCACAUCUCAGCUCUCAGAUGCAGCCUGCCUCCAACACCUUCUAUGCAGUAGCAGCAACCUGAUUCCUUUACACCUUCUCCAGGACACACUCCAAGGAGGAGUAAAGAAUUUAAUCCCAGCACUUUCCUGACACAUCAAGAAGCCUGCCUUAUCUAGCAUUUUUCUAGCCCUGAGACCUUCCUGUCAACAGCAAAAGACUCCUCAUGCUCCAAAUCCUACUGAGCCAGUAUGCCUACAGUUUGAUAUCAAAAUAGUGCACUGCUGAAAACUCCUGGAGUCUGGUGACAAAAUCCACUGUCAGCUUGUGACAUGGUGAACAAAUAUACAGAAAUGAAAUGUGUUCUUUGUGAGAUUUUGCUAAAUGUAUCAAUGUAAAGACAGGUGUGCCUGAAUUUGUGGUGUUCAGUGUGCAGUGGAGAUGGAACGUGUGUAGUGCUGUUGAUGUAAAAAAUGAGACCAUGACAAUAGUCAAAAAAACCCCAGUGCAGUUAUAACUCCACAACUCAAUGGGGAUUCUUGCGUUCGAGUGUUGGCAUUCUAGGAGAAAAAAAAGUACUACAUAAGAAGAUCAAAAAACGUGGUGGAAUUUGUGCUGGCCCUUUUGGCUUUAGCAUAAGGAGCUGAAAUCUUGUUCUGUUUCCGACAUGGUUUUGGUUGACAACAGAUGCUCAUUUAAAGUAGAUUAGCCAUAAUGGUAUUGUAUCUUGUGCAUUUUGCUCAAUUUUUAAAGCAUUGAGCUUUUUUUUUUUCAGUUUUGUUUUUGUUUUCUUAGUUAAAAUCAGCCUUAACACAUAAUUAAUUAGGGAAGUGUGCCAGUAUUCAGUUUUCUUCCUCAGUUUUUGCUGCUGUGAGUCAACUGUGCCAAAGUGCCUGCCAUAUUAUGGAAUGUUUUGAUGAAAACUUUAUAUGAAUGUAAGUUUAGUUUUGAUCAGUGAUUGCUUGGUUUAAUGCAAAAUGCAGAGGUAAUAUUGUAAGUGAUAACUACAUAUGAAUUUAGCUUUAAAAUCCCACCCUGAACCCCUAAUAAAAAAACGCCCAAAAUUAAAAACUCUGAUUGCGUUAAACUUUCCCUGUAGACAGUGGUGAAUAGUCUUUGGUAGAGGAGGGUUUAUCCUGUUCAUAUAUAGAUGUUUGAUAUAGCUAAGUCUGCUCUGGCUUAGCUAGUCCGGGUUUGAGGUGAUAUAUCUAGCUGGGAUGAAUCUCAUACUGGGUUUCCUAAGUUACAGUCAAUCUAGAAAAUGCAAAAAAAAAAAAAAACAACAAAAAACCCAGCCCAUUUUGUGCUUAUGGAUUCUUUUGAGAUUCUAGGAACUCACAUAUUUUAUGGUCAGAAUCUGGCUUGAAUAUUGGCUGUUUCCCUUGGCCUUGAAGUUGUUCAUUCUAUUUAGUGAAGAUGGGGUUUCUGAAGCUUCCCCUUUUUACCAAAUGGAGUUCUAAACUUUUGCAUCCAAGUGCC